AUGAACUUUGACAUGGACAAGUUGAGAAGAAGAUCCACUAUUGAUGGUCAAAGUUUUCUGUGGAGAUUUCUAAAGAUGAAGCACCAAUUAGAGAGCAUUCACAUGACAUUAUUGCUGGGAAAAAGAAGUGUUCCACCCAAACUCACAUCCCGCCCUGCUGCUAUUCCUCACUUCCUUGGUCGCCCUCAUGCACCUAAUGCCUAUACACCUCCAUGGAUGAGGAGACUUUCUUCUCAGAAGCGCUUGUUGUCGCUAUCUGAUCCACCAGAUGCCUGA